AUGUCAUUUCUCGUUUUGCUACUGCUGCCCUUGGCUCUUACUGCAGCAGCCCUGUCCCCCGACUCAGAUCCGGGAUACAACUGCCGUCCAGGCCAAGCUUGCUGGCCAUCUGCUCAGGAGUGGACGCAGUUCAACAGCAGCAUCGGCGGCCACGUAUACAAGACCGUGCCGCUCGCGGCCGCCUGCUACAAGAGCUCCCCUCACUACGACGCGAACGCGUGCCAGUCCAUCCAGGCGCUCUACGGAAACAGCACCAGUCGAGGCGCGUCGUUUGGCCAGACCUACUGGCUGAACUGGGAGACGUGCCACGAUACCGGUUGCGGCCUCCUCGAGUCGGACCCGACCGAGUCUCUGUACGCCAACUGCUCGCUCGGGCGGCUAGCGGCGUACUACGUCGACGUGCGGGCGCCGUCGCACAUCUCUGCCGCCCUGGCCUUCGCCACGAAGCACAAUAUCCGCAUCAGCAUCAAGAACACGGGCCACGACUUUUACGGGCGGUCGUCGGUCCCAAACACUCUCGCCAUCUGGACCAAGAAUCUCGGCACGCUCGGGUAUCACGCCAACUUUACCGCGAACGACUGCCCCGCGGCCAACGGGCAGCAUGUGGGCGAGCUCGGCGCGGGCGUCGUGGCCGGCGACGCCUACCGCUUCUUUGGCCGCCACGGCAUGGACAUUACCGGCGGCUACGAGCAGUCCGUCGGCCUGGCCGGCGGCUUCGGGCAGGGCGGCGGUGUCGGCUCCUUCACCACCACGUACGGGCUCAUGGCCGACAACGCCGUCGAGUUCGAGGUGGUGACGGCCGACGGCCGGCUGCGCACCGUCAACGAGUGCAACGACCCCGCGCUGUUCUGGGCCAUGCGCGGCGGCGGCGGCGGCACGUACGCGGUCCUCACCAAGUACCGCGUGCAGCUCUACCCGUCGGUGCCGAUCCACACGUUUGGAUUUACUGCCAACUUUACCGAUGCCGGGCCGAGCUGGGACCGGAGCAAGAACAAAGCCCUUCGUGAGAUCCUGCGCGAGCACGCCAGGAACCAGCCGGCUUGGUCGGCGCAGCUGCUCACGGGGCAGGUUGAAUAUUUUCCCGAGGUCUUCUCCAUUAAUCAGGUAGUGCCGUAUGGCGAUGACGGGGCCAAGCUCAAAUCCGCAAUGCAGCCGUUUCACGACUAUCUCAACAACAGGACCGAUCUCCAGGUGCUUUCCCAAGGGUACACUUCGUACGCCAACUACGCAGCCUAUCUCUCCGUCACCGCCGCGGACGCCAAGAUCACGGAGCCAUCUGGCAUCUUUUCCAUUCUCACGUCUCGUCUAAUCCCGCGCAGCGUCUUCUCCACGCCUGAGACGCUGGAAGAGCUCGUCGAGGGUGUCGCGCAGGGCAUCCUGAACGCGCGCAAUUUCGUCAACCGGACCGGCACGCAGGUCGUCUCCGAGACGCCCGUCACGAACCUCGACGUGGACCAGUCGACGUCGGCGCAUCCGGCGUGGCGCGACGCUCUCUGGCACGUCAUCCACGUCGGCGAGUGGGACGCGCCGCUGCCGGGGCGGCGGCUGCAGGACGUGGUCGGCCCUGGAUUUCUGAAGCUUGUCGAUCCGUUGAAGAAGCUGAGUCCCGGCGGCGGCGCAUACCUCAAUGAGGCCAACUAUCUGGAGCCCGAUUGGAAGCAGACGUUUUUUGGCGCAUUUUAUGAUCGAUUGGCCGCUGUGAAAUCAGAGUAUGACCCGACGCACAUAUUUGACUGCUAUAAGUGUGUCGGCUGGAGGGGCGAGAACGAGUAA